CUGUCGGAGGCGGCGGCGGCGGAGCGGGUCCAUGGGAGCGAAGAUGCCUCUCCCGCAGCCUCGGACCCUUCCAGCCGCCCCCAGGGCUUCAGGGAGAAGAAAUGCUGCCCCUCCGAAUUGCCCGCAGCCUGCGGGGUUCCCGCCACUUGGCCCCAGGGAGAGCCGAGGCUCCGGAGAGGGAAGCUGGCUUUCCCGCGGGCCUCCUGGAUCAACCAGGGCCAAAUGGCUGGGGUCCCCCUGAGCGUCCCUGGGAAGUGUGGAGCUGCCUGGGUCAGGCGGGGAGCCUCCUGGGGCGAAGGGCUUUCGAGAUCCAACCGUUUCCAGCUCAGUUGGCCAAGCGGCCUGGGGUUCUACCAGAACCAAAGCCUUCCGGGGCCCAGAAGGUGGUCCUGACUCCUGGCAGCUCCCUUGGCCACUGCUGACGGUGGGAGAGCAGCAGCAGGCCUGAACUCUGGUGCUUUUCCCUCCCAGCAGCUGCCCUCUGGUUGUCCCUGAACGUCUGGCUGGCUGGGAGAGAAUCCACUUUUCUGCACAGACUGGAGAAUUGCUCCAGAUUCUCUGGUGCCGUUCGCGUGCCUUUUUCUUCCCGGGAAGCCCCUGAGCCCCGUCCAGAGGAGGUAGGGGCCUCUCUCUCCUGCGUCCUUGUAGAGAGGUCAAAGGUCAUACCUCCCUGAGCAGAUGCAGGCCACUUGGGCCUCCUGUCCAGAAGUAUUUGGGCAAGGGAAGCAAAGCCUGACUCAGACGGGACCAGCUGCAGCGCAGAUUUGGCCUUGCUCAGCAUGAAGGAAGGAAGUCAGUCAGUUCUCCCAGUUCUUGGAAGGGGAACCAGACAUUUUCUGGUCUCUGCCCCUUCCCUGGAAACCCAGAACUGCUCCUUUCUGUGGAAACUUUUCAGUCUGACUGUUCCUCGGAGGUGUGGUGCCCUCUGGCCAUGAGCCAUACGGGUUUCCGGCAUGGGAGUUUCCAGGGUGGCAGCAGCAGCGAUGAAGACCUGGUGGAGGUGGCAGGGGGAAUGCUGGACUUCUCCAUGGCGGAUGACGUCCCUCCUCUGGACAGGGAGAUGGCGGAAGGUUUCUCCUCGUACAACGGAGGGGGGAUGAACGGGGCCAGGCAGGUGAUGGACUUCCUGCAGGAGCCACUCCCGGGCGUGGGCACCUACGAAGACUUCAACACCAUCGACUGGGUGCGUGAGAAGUCUCGGGACCGCGACAGGCACCGAGAGAUCGCCAGUAGAAGCAAGGAGUCCGCCUGGGCCUUGGUGCACAGCAUCAGUGACGCUUUCUCGGGAUGGCUGUUGAUGCUGCUCAUCGGCUUGUGGGCAGGGGCGCUGGCCGGUCUGAUUGACAUCACUGCCCACUGGAUGACAGACCUGAAGGAGGGUGUCUGCCUGAACGGCUUCUGGUACAACCACGAGCACUGCUGCUGGAACUCGCCCCAGACCACCUUCCAGGACAGGGACAGAUGCCCCGAGUGGAGGACCUGGGCGCAGCUGCUGACUGACAGAGAGGAGGGGGGAGCCCUGGGCUACGUCCUGAACUACUUCCUGUACGUCCUCUGGGCGCUGCUCUUCUCCUUCCUGGCUGUCCUGCUCGUCCGCGGCUUCGCUCCCUACGCCUGCGGUUCGGGGAUCCCAGAGAUCAAAACCAUCCUCAGCGGCUUCAUCAUCCGGGGCUACCUGGGCAAGUGGACCCUGCUGAUCAAGACGGUCACCCUGGUGCUGGCCGUUUCAUCGGGCCUGAGCCUGGGCAAAGAGGGCCCCCUGGUCCAUGUCGCCUGCUGCUGCGGCAACAUCCUUUGCCACCUCUUCACCAAGUACCGGAAGAACGAAGCCAAGCGCCGGGAAGUGUUGUCGGCUGCUGCAGCCGCUGGCGUAUCGGUGGCCUUUGGCGCUCCCAUUGGAGGUGUCCUUUUCAGCCUGGAAGAGGUGAGCUACUACUUCCCGCUGAAGACCCUCUGGCGCUCCUUCUUCGCUGCGCUGGUAGCGGCCUUCACCCUACGCUCCAUCAACCCCUUCGGCAACAGCCGCCUGGUACUCUUCUACGUGGAGUUCCACAGCCCCUGGCACCUGCUGGAGCUGGCGCCCUUCGUCCUGCUGGGCGUCUUUGGGGGGCUCUGGGGGGCCUUCUUCAUCCGCAGCAACAUCGCCUGGUGCAGGCGGCGCAAGACCACCAAGCUGGGCCGCUACCCGGUGCUGGAGGUGCUGGGGGUGACGGCGCUGACGGCCCUGCUGGCCUUCCCCAACAAGUACACCCGCAUGAGCACCAGCGAGCUGAUCUCGGAGCUCUUCAACGACUGCAGCCUCCUGGAUUCCUCCCAGCUCUGCGACUACCUCAGCACCAACAGCACCCAGGGCGACGACCUGCCCGACCGGGCGGCUGGGCCAGGCCUCCACGUGGCCACCUGGCAGCUGGUGCUGGCCCUCCUGCUGAAGAUCUUCAUCACCAUCUUCACUUUCGGCAUGAAGGUGCCCUCGGGCCUCUUCAUCCCCAGCAUGGCGGUGGGGGCCAUUGCGGGCCGGUUGCUGGGCGUGGGCAUGGAGCAGCUGGCCUAUCAUCACCACGACUGGCCGAUCUUCAAGGGCUGGUGCAGCCCUGGCGCCGAUUGCAUCACGCCCGGCCUCUAUGCCAUGGUGGGGGCUGCCGCCUGCCUGGGUGGAGUGACCCGCAUGACUGUCUCCCUGGUGGUCAUCAUGUUUGAGCUCACGGGGGGCCUGGAGUACAUCGUGCCCCUGAUGGCGGCUGCCAUGACCAGCAAGUGGGUGGCCGAUGCCAUCGGCCGGGAGGGCAUCUAUGACGCCCACAUCCGCCUGAAUGGCUACCCCUUCCUGGAGGCCAAGGAGGAGUUCUCCCACAAGACCCUGGCCAUGGACGUCAUGCGCCCCCGACGCAGCGACCCCGCCUUGACAGUGCUGACGCAGGACAGCAUGACGGUGGAGGACGUGGAGGGCAUCAUCAACGAGACCACCUACAGCGGCUACCCCGUGGUGGUCUCCUGGGAGUCUCAGCGCCUCGUGGGCUUUGUCCUCAGGCGAGACCUGGUCAUCUCCAUUGAAAGUGCCCGGAAGAAGCAAGAAGGGAUUGUCAGCAGCUCAGUUAUUUAUUUCACCGACCACUGCCCCCCGCUGCCGCCCUGCUCGCCCUCCAUGCUCAAGCUGCGCAGCCUUCUGGACCUCAGCCCGUUCACUGUGACCGACCAAACCCCCAUGGAGAUCGUGGUGGACAUUUUCCGAAAACUGGGGCUGCGCCAGUGCCUGGUCACACACAAUGGGAAGCUGCUGGGGAUUAUUACCAAGAAGGACGUCCUGAAGCACAUAGCCCAGAUGGCAAACCAGGACCCAGACUCCAUCUUGUUCAACUGAAGCCUGGGGCGGGGCAGAGGUUUUACUUUGCCCCACGGACUUUGGCCGGAGGACUGAGCCUGGCCUCUCUUCACGGAAGAUCCAGAGCCGUCUCCAGUUUCUCCAUGCGGAGCAAGCGAUAAUCAUGU